AUAUUAGCAGUUGAAAAAUGUAAUUAUACACUGUAGGGGUGUAACAGGGGUGUAACUCUCUAUGUAUAUUCAUUAAAAAAAAAAAAAAAAAAAUUUGGAUAAAUCUAUUUUUUAUCUUUCUUAAAAUAGGCCUACUUAAUACUAUGAUAAUCAUAACAGUCCUAAGUGAGAUCAAGCUUUAAUCUUUGAACACACCACUUUAAUGUAAUAUGUUUUGGAUUUUUUGCAUUCACUAAUAAAAAGGUUACAUUCGUAGUUCCACACUGGAGAGCUGCGUUAUAGCACAAAAUAAAGUUGCAGGCCUAAUUCUAACUGAAAGCUACACUGUCACUUUUUCAUGGUUAAUAAUGUAAAGCCGCUUGCUUUUCAAAAUAAUCUGUUGCAUAAAAUGCUAUAUAAAUGUGACGUGACUUGACUGGAGUGCCGAAUUGCACAGCAUAUCCACAUUGCUAUGAUUAGAUGCUUUCGUAACUGCUGUUUUUGCUGUAAUUUUUGUUGUGCGUUUAUUUUGUUAUUGAGAGGAAAGCAAAAACAAAUAUAUAUAUUUACCUUAUUUUAUUUCUUUGAAGAAUAUCAACUGUAAUGAUGAGAUUAUAGUCAGUAACGUGUUAUUAUGUUCAGAAGACUGAAUGUGUUCCUGCAGAACUUUCAGUCUCUGACCAGUUGACACUUAAUUUGUGCCUUUGUUUAUAUUUAUUAUCUAUAAUUUGUGGUUUUUAACCUGUUCUGCUGCUUUCAAACUGUUCCUUUUUUAUUAUGUUAAAAGUGCUAUUCAUAUUUUUGGCACACAAUUUAUAGAAAACAAGUAUACAAUUUAAAAUAUUUGAUGUUUAAUAAAUUAGUCCUGGGUGUAGCAAACGUAUGCAGGUGAUUUUACAUAAAAAUGUUUAUUUAGUAAUGGAAAAAAAAAAAAGUUAAGAGUUUUUAAGUUAAGAUAAACCGGUUAAGUGUUUAUUAACAAAUAGUAGAAUAUUCUUAUGGAAAUUUCUACUACCACUUUAAGAAUACUCUCCUCACCAUCCUUGCCCCCUUAACUGAACUGUACCAAAAUCGUGACUUCAAAACUGAAAUAUGCACCGAACCGUGAAAAAACCUGAACCAUUACACCCCUAGCAUACUGGUGUCUAACAAAUAGCAAAGUGGAAAAAGUAUGCGAUUAAGAAAUGUAGCUCUCACAUUCAGCUUUUUUUGAUGUGUCUUAUGUAAUGUGUCAUAACCUUGCUAUUGUUGCCUGAAUCCAUUAAAAAUAAUGAAUUUGCAGGUUACGUGCUGCCCAUUGACCUGUUGUAUUACGAGGACUGUAGAGUCUUAAUAAGCAACUUAUUUCAAACUCCCAGUGAUGUACACCAGACCUACACUAGUACUGCAUUUUCUAAACUAGUGUUAGGUUCACUGAUAUCUCACAAAUCUUUGCCAAAUUAUUAUAAAAAAAAAAAAACGCUUUACUCAUCAUUGUGCUUUACCUAAUAUAGUUGCUCAUAUCGGGAGAGAAUGUCCUUCAGUGUGCUUUCCUCAAAUACCCAUGACCACUUCCCCUCACCAUAAGGAUCCGCAAAUUACUCUCUAAGCCAGAAAUAAAUUGGUUGUGUCACAAUAAGCAUGAAUAAUUAAUCUGCGAGCCUUUUACCAAGUCCUCAAAUUACAGUCUACUGGGUUGCCAAGAAAUGUGCCGACAGGAUUUGUGUGUCUGUACUGUGACACUGCAACAUCAGAAAGCCUGCAUCCCCUUUGCAUUCUUUCAUGGAUUUCUCUGUUGUUCUCUGUCUCUCUGCAGAAGCAGUGCACAGACUAAGCCUUUGGUAUUGUGACGUUACAUCCAAACGGCUGAGACUCAUCCGUGCAUACAUCCCAUCGACCAAGCCCAACGCUACACCCUUCUCGCCCCCCACCCCUGCGCUAUGAGCAGAGGUAGAGGAGGGUUUCACAAAGAUUGCCAACGAUUCUCUCUCCCUCCCCAACAGGGAAAACCUCAGUUUCAUUCCCAUCAAUUCAUUGGUCACCCACGAGGCCCUCGUGUCCCAAGCCCAGACUCUGCAUCUGGAAGCUAUCCGCACGCUUUUUACUCCACUCGCCCGGGUGCUCCUGGCGUGCCUCCACGUGGUCGUCCUUUUCCCCCUAGCCCCUCUGAUCCACCCCUGUGGGCAUCCCCCCAGCACGGCAGAGAUCAGAUCUUCGACUCAUAUGGUCUAAGCUUCCGACAACACCAGGUGCAGUUCCUCAGGGGGCAGAGUGCACAGGCUCCGCAGUUCAAAGCGCCUCAGCAGCGAGGGUCCCAAACCUCCGGCCGAGGGGAAGAGGUCUCUACUGGGCCUAUCCAGUACCAGGCAGGUUAUCGUGACUUCAAAUCAAGUGGUAGCAGUUUUGGAAGAAGAGACGGCUACGGCAGAGGCCAAGGAAACUGGCAAAGGGAGCAGAACUUCAGAAAUACACCUGGACCUAGGAGAAAGUCACACUGGAAUCACCAUCUCCAGAAGGGAGAGUAUUAUCCUGAUCAAAACACUAAGCACUACUGGAGUACACAUGUAGAUGAUGUAUCCUCGGGCCUUCAUAGUCUGAGUUUGGGUGACCGGGUAACAAGGGUAGACACCUCUGACACCUCGUCCUGCAGUAGCCUUGCCAGCAAGGUUUCCAGUUCUCCCGGCUCAGUCAGAGAGUCUCUGUAUUUGACCCCUGAGAUCCAGCAACAGGUCCUUGCUUUUUUGACGUCACUCAGGCCAGACGAGACCGUUCAGGCCAGGACCUUGGGUAAAAAGCUUGGCCUUCCCAAGAAGAUUGUUAAUAAGGCUUUAUAUGCCCUCUUAAGGACAAACCAAGCAGUAAAACAAGGUGAGUUUCCUCCUCUGUGGAGACUCCGCAAGGAAGAGGACAGUGAGCCCGUCAAAGAGAGAUACCAAACACAGUCUUCAAAGGAUUCUGAGACAAAGCCAGGUCAGAAGUCAUCCAUAAACCAAGAGGCUACAGGGAAUCCCGUCAGCACCAGUGUUCCCUCUGCAUCACAGAUCCUCGUUGAGGCUGACAGCAAUUCCACUGACCAGUCGGAGGACUCCGAAGGUGAAGAUACCUGUGAAACAUUGCUUCCUGACCAGGUUCAAAAGACUCUUUUACCUGCUGUGCAGUCAGUAACCUUGCCAACAAUGGCUGAUACUAAAGAUAGCAAAGAGAAGAUCCUACAGUACCUCUACGAAACGGGUACAAGCAAUGCGCUUGUGAUUUCCAAGAACCUUGGCCUGCGAAGUGCCAAGCAGGUUAAUCCCACACUCUAUGCAAUGGAGAAACAAGGUGAUGUAAGGCGUGACUCCGAAGUUACACCACCUACCUGGUCGCUUAGUGCGCACCGGCAGGAAAAGAUGGACCGCCAACGAAAAGUCGCUGCAAAUGCGAAACAGGAUGAAAACAGGGCAGAGAUGUUGAACUUUGCAGCAGAAGCGAUUACAAAUGUAAAUGAUGGACUUGAGUUUUCAGGUGGUACCGCAGCAGAGCCGAUGGAUGGGGGUGAAAAUCUAUUGGAUGAGAUUUUAGGCAACAACACAUAUAACACAGAGCUUGACAUGCCUGGCCUUGAGGCGAUGCCACCCAAACCCAGUGAACUUUCCACCUUCCGCUACUUCCAACCUCCUUCCUACUAUCAGGAUAUGGCCAGUAAUGGAGGAGAACGUUCACAGUGGGCAUCUGACGAUAUUCCAGAGUUCCUGAACACGAUUCGCUCCGAGGUUGCCGUUUCAUUGGCUGCUCCCCCUCCCCCGGCCCAAAGCCUGGAGUCAAGCAGAUUGCAGAAACUAAUAGAGGCCCGCAGUAAGAACCCAGUUAGCGGACUGAUGGAGUUUGCUCAGCAUCUUGGAUACACUUGUGAAUUCCUACUUCUGGACCAGUCUGGACCCUCGCAUGACCCCAGGUUUCGGAUGCAGGUCAUGCUAGAUGGUCGUAGGUUUCCACCGGCUGAGGGUCCAAACAAAAAAGUGGCCAAAAAAGAUGCUGCAGCCAUAACCCUGAAGAUUCUUUUGAAGGAGACGGAAGGAGCAGGUGAUGGCGAAGAGGAAGAACCCAUUGAGGGAGCGGAGUCAACAAGUGACCUGGCAGAUGAUAUGCUAGGUGGUACGGAUAAUCCACCCCAGGCUCUGUCUCGGUCUUUACCUGGAGGAAAGAACCCCGUAUCUGUUCUAAUGGAGCAUAGCCAGCGCAGUGGGCAUGCCAUCCAGUUUAUCAAGACAGGACAGGAAGGGCCACCCCAUGAUCCACGGUUCAUGUUCCGCGUAAAGGUUGGGGAGCGUCUCUUCCAAGAAGCCUCAGCACCCAGUAAGAAAGCAGCGAAGCAGCUGGCAGCGGAGGAGGCCGUGAAAGAGCUGAUGGGAGAUGGACUACUACAUCUCAACAAGCCUCCAGGUACUUUCUGCCCUCUGGGAGACAAUGAGUCUCAGCCAGCGAUUCCUGCAUUCCCCUCGCUAAACCCUCUGACGGCAGCUGAGCUCCAGGCGGCCCAUGAAGCAGGUGUGGGUGACCUUAUCAACCACCUGAACAACAAUGCUGUGUCCGGCCUGCUCGAGUACGCCCGUGCUCGAGGCUUCGCUGCUGAGAUCCGCCUGGUGGGCCAGUCCGGACCCUCGCACGAGCCCAAGUUUACAUACCAGGCUAAAUUGGGAGGGCGGUGGUUUCCUGCAGUUUGUGCUAGUAAUAAAAAGCAAGGGAAGCAGGAGGCAGCGGACGCUGCUCUUCGAGUGCUCAUUGGAGAAGCAGAGAAAGCAGCACGUACUGGAGAGCUCACGCCGGAGCUGCCAGUGUCAGGCAGUACGAUGCAUGAUCAGAUCGCCAUGCUAAGCCAUCAGCGCUUUAAUGCCCUCACAGCACGCAUCCAGCACAGCCUUCUGGGUAGGAAGAUUCUUGCUACCAUCGUGAUGCGGAAAGGAUCAGAUACUCUCGGAACAGUUGUCAGCCUCGGGACAGGAAACCGCUGUGUGAAGGGAGAGGAGCUUAGUCUUCGAGGGGACACCGUUAAUGACUGCCACGCAGAAAUCAUCUCCAGGAGAGGCUUUAUCCGGUUUUUGUACAGUGAGCUGAUGAAGCAUUGGGAAAGCCCUGGUGAUGAGACUAUUUUUGAGGUGGCAGACGAUGGGAAGCUGAAGAUCAAAUCAAACAUCACCUUCCAUCUGUAUAUUAGCACUGCUCCAUGUGGCGAUGGCGCUCUGUUCGAUAAGUCAUGCAGCGAAGCAGCCGAAUUAAACGGCUCUCAGCACAUGCCUCUCUUUGAGAACGUAAAACAGGGCAAGCUCAGAACCAAGGUGGAGAAUGGUGAAGGCACCAUCCCAGUGGAGUCCAGUGAUAUUGUGCCCACCUGGGAUGGCAUUCAGCACGGUGAGCGCCUGAGGACCAUGAGCUGCAGUGACAAGAUCCUGCGCUGGAACGUGCUCGGCCUACAGGGGGCGCUCCUUAGCCACUUCAUCCACCCCGUUUAUUUGCGCUCCGUCACUCUUGGGUAUCUCUACAGCCACGGUCACCUGACUCGAGCGGUAUGCUGCCGGUUGGCUAGAGACGGGGAUACGUUCAAAAACAGCUUACCAGCAAACUUUACUCUUAACCACCCUGAGGUGGGCAGGGUGAGUGUGUAUGACUCGGCACGCCACACAAAUAAGACCAAAGAGUCCAGCGUUAACUGGAGUCAACCAGACCAGUUUACCGUGGAGGUGCUGGAUGGCACCAAGGGCAAAGCGGACAGUCCCAAGAUGGAGAUAUCGCGGGUUUCCAAGUCCAAUCUGUUCCGACUCUUCCACGCUUUGUGCCAGCGUGCAGGCCGAGCCGAUCUGCUGGCACAACCAUCCUACGCCCACGCUAAGAUGGCCGCCACUUCAUUCCAGGAUGCCAAGAGGCUGUUCUUCCUGGCACUGAACCAACAUGGAUAUGGUGCCUGGAUCGGGAAGCCCUUGGAAGAGAAAAGUUUCGAUGGAGAAGCCAGAAGGGGAGGAAGCGGGGACGGACAGGCGCCGGGCCCUCCAGGUUGCGCCGUUGACCCCAAUAGCUGCUCAAGCUCAAAUAACAACAACUUUAACUCUGCAGCACAGGGCGUUUAGGGAUAGAGAGGGAUGGAGGGAGUGGAAGAGUGGCCAGCAGCAAGAGAGAAAGCAUUGAGGAGGUUUGUCUUGUAGAGAGGGAGAACCAGGGUAAGCCAGUGGCUUUGGGAUUUGAACUUUUAACCAUCAUGACAAAGCAGAAACGGAUGCUGCCAUGGCAACAGAGCUAUAAACCCAAGGCAAAUUGGACUUGAUGAGACAUGAAGUAGAUUUUUUUUUUUUUUUUUAGAAGGCUAUAACUACAGGGUUGCAUUUGUUUUAGUGGGUUUCCCUCUCAUUUUUUCCCUAUUUGCUACCAUCUCAACACUGUGUUACGUGAAUGCGUGGCCACUUUGCUGUAGGGUAAUUGUGUUUCUCACUUGUUCCUCUCAUUGUCUAUUUGAUUCAUAUGAUAGAUUUAGGUAUUUCUCACUCAAUAAAAAGAUUAAUGACAGCUGAUGCUGGUCAGGUCAUGUAUUUAGAGCCAGCCACUCAGUUAAAGUGGUUUAAAAGGGUAGUUUACUCAAAAAAAAAAAAAAAUGAAAAUUGUCUUCAUUUAUUCACCCUCAUGUUGUUCUAAACCUGCAUGAUUUUUUUUUUAUUCUUCUGUGGAACAUGAAAGUAGAUAUUUUGAGAAAUGUCUGUGGUGUUUUUGUAUGUACAGUAGAAGUCAAUGAUCAUCAGAUUUGGUUACCAACAUUAUUCAAAAUAUCUCUUUUUGUUCCUCAGAUAUAAAGAAAUGUAUACAAGUUUAGAAUGACAUGAGGGUGAGUAUAAUGAUAGAAUUAAAAAUUUUGUGAUCUAUUACACUGUAAUUUGACCAUCAUAUAGUAAUUUGUCAUUUACCCAAGUUUUUCCCCCUAGAAAUUCUCUAUUUACUUCAGCACUGUUUGGAUUAAACUUCUGUAUUUUCAUAAAUUUUACAUAGUUUUAAUGCAGUAAGUGAAGUUCCACAUAUAAACCUGGACUAGACUGCUUAAAAUGUAUACAUAAUGUACAUACAGAUACAUAUGCACACAGAUGUAUAUAUAAGGUCUUUUGAAUGAUUUUAUAUAUAUGCGUGUGUGUUUAUGUAUGUGUAUAUAUUGUAUGUAUAUAUUUUGUAAUGAUUCGAACUUUUAAAUCACAUUAUUUUCUAUCUUUUCAUUUGAAGGAUGUCUUUUUAUAUGAGGUGUGUAUGUUCUGUUUUCGCUGGUGUUUGUGUGUUCUUUGGUAGACUCAAGAUAGAUAUUGCAUGCAGCCAUACAGUCUACAUUCUGAUUUGUGACAGCAGGCAGGUGAAUGGCACAAAUCAAUCAUAUGCACAUUUGUGUGUGUGUGUGCUUACAUCUUUGUGGAUAUGAACUGUUGGAAUAUUAUUUGCCCUGCUUAUGUUUAAUGUGUUCAGACACUGUUAAUUGAUGCACUGCUUCAAGACUAAAGCAAUACUAACGUUCUCUUUCCUUUCAGCAAAUGUGAAUCUGUAUGCCUCCAAUAUUUGUCAUCAAAUCAUUGAAGCCUACUAAAACAUUCUUUUAAGAUCAUUUCUGUUCUAUUGAAAGUAAAGAAUAUUUUCUUUCCA